CAUCUUGUUAAAGGACGACUCUAUACGUAGAACCUGGAAAACCUGAAUCAAAAUAAACACGCACCAAUGCUUUGGUAGUUUCAUUAGGGAGGGAGAUACAAUCGAUAAACUGGAUUGGUGGUACGCCAACAGCACCUUGCCAGGGCUUAUCUCAAUGGCUAGUGGGAUACUAUGCUAACCUCAUUCAAAGCUUUUCAUCGCGUUAAAACCACUUGAAUUUACGUGUGAAUGAAGGAGCUGCAGGACCACCGUUCCACAGUUUGGCCACCCUGAUGGUCCAUUUCAAACAAGUUGACAUUGUUAGAUAUGUUUGGCUAAUAAGUUGAUGUGCGUCCAAUUUUAGAUAGUACCAUCAGUUUCCACCGGAAGUCGCAAAAUGUCAACACGGCGAAAGUUAAGUGUUCCUUUGGCCGAGAGGAUCAAUCGGCAGCACUCUCAAGACAUUGACGAGACCCUCCACGAUGUCUCAUUGCAGCAUACACAAGUGGCGUCCGUGGAGAAGAAGGACUUUGCCCAGGAAGUUCGGGGCACCCGGGAUAUCAACAACUUUCUUCAGAAAUCCGAAGUUUUCUUGGACUUGGCAGAAAUAGAGAUCAGUCACAUUGUCGAUAAGAUGCUUGGAAUGAUGAUGAAGGACCCCAAAGAGACCGUGACGAAUCAAGAGUUGAAGUCCCUAAUUUUUACCGACGACACAUAUACUCAACUAACUGACAACAUUCAAGGAACCAUCAGCAAAGGAGGCAAAUAUUAUGAUUGGGAACAGACGUGGUUAUGCAGCGCUGUAACUAUUCCAACUUUAAGGAAACGGCACGUGGGCAUAGCUCGCCUUAAACAUCGUUGUAAUUUAGGACAAAAAGCCGAGGAAGUGCGCUUUUUUAUCCUGAUUCUCUGUCCCAGUGAAGUGAAGAAGACCAAGUCCGCUUUAGAGACGGGUCGCACUUUUGCCACACUCUUUAGCGACAUGGGGCUUCGUCAUGAAUUACUUACCGCUCCAACUGUUGAAGAGUUCAAGGAGAGCAUGAGGAAGACUACCGAAAUGUUUGCUGAACAUCAAGCUCCACCUGAGCUCAAUGGUGGUCCAGGAAAACCAGACCCUAAUGAUGAAAACAAGGACACUGAGUUGAAAUGGUAUCAAUUUGGUUAUGGCAUCAAAGAAGAUUUAAUGCGAAGGUUGCCAUACUACUUGGAUGAUUACAAAGAUGGAAUUGUGGGACCAAAUACCAUCCAAAAAACCACGGCCACGACCUUAUUCCUCUACUUUUCGGUCAUCCUUCCGGCUGUUGCUCUGGGCGUGUUGAACUCUUCCAAUACCCAUGGCAAGAUUAGCGUUCAACAAGUGAUCGUUGGGCAGACUAUUGGCGCCAUUACGUUCACACUGCUCGCUGGACAACCGUUGGUCGUUGUGAUGACGACUGCUCCCUUGGCUUUAUUCAUUAAGAUCAUCUACACGAUCGCAGAGGACUUUGAUAUCGAUUUCUUGGCGUUUUAUGCCAUGAUCGGGAUUUGGAACACAUUCUUCCUGAUUUUGUACUCCUUUUUCAACAUGUCGGUCCUGAUGAAGUAUUCUUCAAGAUCAACCGAAGAAAUCUUCUCCAACUUCAUCACCAUCGCUUUCAUCACGGAUUCCACGAAGAACAUGGUCAAGACUUUCAACAAGCAUUAUUGGUCUGAUUCUUGCUACCCCACCACGACUGGAAAUGAUGCUUCCAACCCAUUAGCUUCUGCGAUAACCAACAUAACGGCAACAACGGCCCACCAAGUCCACCCUCAUGAGUGCCACCCGGACGUGUGUUUCUUGUCUUUGAUCCUCAUGCUUGGAACUCUUUGGCUGGGAGUGACUCUAUUCGACUUCACGAAGACUCCGUUUUUGAAUAAGCGGAAACGCGAGAUUCUUUCAGAUUAUGCCCUACCUGUGUCCGUUGUGGUAUUUAGCCUCGUAGGAACUGUAUUGUUUUCUGGUGUACAAGUGAAGACAUUCCCGUACAACCCAACGUCCAACGUUUUUCAAGUGGUUAACUUUGGGGCCUUGACGGUUGGGUCAGUCUUCGGGGCUAUGGGAUUGGGAUUUUCUUUGUCCCUGCUAUUUUUUAUGGAUCAAAAUAUUAGUGCAGCGAUGGUCAACAGCCCGGACAACCGACUUCAGAAAGGGAAUGCGUAUCAUUGGGAUCUAUUGGUGGUGGGACUCAUCAAUGCUUUCCUGUGCAUUUUUGGAUUCCCAUUUCUCCAUGCCGUAUUGCCUCAUUCCCCACUUCAUGUCAAGUGCCUCGCAGACACCGAAGAGCGAGUCGAAAAUGGAUAUGUUAAGGACAUUGUUGUCCGAGUUAGGGAGACAAGGCUCACCAACUUGUUCAGCAACAUUCUUAUUGGCAUCUCGAUGCUCUUCCUCGGUUCCGUUCUGACGUUUAUUCCCACGCCUGUGUUGGAUGGACUUUUCUUGUACUUGGCCAUCACAGCUUUAUACGGCAAUCAAAUGUUUGAAAGAAUCAUGCUUUUAUUCAUGGAACAAGCUGCAUACCCACCCAACCAUUACAUCAGACAAGUUCCUCAGAGAAAAAUCCACACUUUCACUCUGUGCCAAUGUGGUCAGUUAUUGGUUCUUUGCGCAUUUGGAUUUGCCCCUUGGCCGUACGCGAAAAUGAUCUUCCCCUUGGUGAUCUUGUUCUUUCUUCCAGUUCGGCACAUGAUCAUUCCAUUACUUGUGGAGAAAAAGUACCUCAGCGUUCUUGACGGUCAUUGAAUGACAGAUGAGAAGCUCUCAAAAAAAUGUAAUACAUUAACUGAAAAAUAAAGAAUACACCGCUCCUGAGGAGCGUUAAAAACCUUCGA